AUGGCACUCAACCAUUUCAGGCAACCAUCGAAUGUACCGAACCUUGAUCUGAAUGCAGCCAUCGUUGCCAAUCAAGAAUAUUUCCUGCGUAAAGCACCAAAGCAGGUGACCUUCCCAGGAACUUGCAAUUCGAUGCGACAGUGGGAGAUGGGUGAUCCACCGCUGGUUGUGAACACCAUUCAGUGCGUUCUCUCCAAUGCUACAUGA